UCUCCCAAUCGCAAAACCCUAUCACUCUCUCUCUCUCUCUCUCUCUAGCUGAGGUCUCCUCUCUCGCAUACUACUUUUUGUUUCGAUUUAUUUCCUAACAUUUUUCUCUGCAGACGCUUCAAACCCUAACCCUAAUCACCCCUUCUCACAGAUCCGAAGAAUGGGCGAAACAAAGGACACCGAUGGUUACGAGGAAGAGCUUCUCGACUACGAGGAGGAAGAUGAAAAAGCACCCGACUCCGUCACCGCCAAAGUCAACGGCGAAUCCGUUAAAAAGGGCUAUGUUGGAAUUCACAGUUCUGGAUUCAGAGAUUUCCUUCUAAAGCCGGAGCUUCUGCGUGCUAUUGUGGAUUCGGGAUUUGAGCAUCCUUCCGAAGUGCAACAUGAAUGUAUCCCUCAAGCUAUCUUGGGAAUGGAUGUCAUUUGCCAAGCGAAAUCUGGGAUGGGUAAAACUGCUGUUUUUGUCCUGUCCACAUUGCAGCAAAUUGAGCCUAAUGCAGGUCAAGUUGCUGCACUUGUUUUGUGUCAUACAAGGGAAUUGGCUUAUCAGAUCUGUCACGAGUUUGAGAGGUUCAGCACUUAUUUGCCUGAUAUCAAGGUUGCUGUUUACUAUGGUGGUGUCAAUAUCAAAAUUCACAAGGACCUACUGAAGAAUGAAUGUCCUCAUAUUGUUGUUGGAACACCUGGAAGGAUCCUUGCACUUGCAAGGGAUAAGGACCUUGCUUUAAGAAACGUGAGGCAUUUUAUACUUGAUGAAUGCGACAAGAUGCUUGAGUCACUUGACAUGAGGAGAGAUGUGCAGGAAAUUUUCAAGAUGACUCCUCAUGAUAAGCAAGUUAUGAUGUUUUCGGCAACACUCAGCAAGGAGAUCCGCCCUGUUUGCAAGAAAUUCAUGCAAGAUCCAAUGGAAAUUUAUGUGGAUGAUGAGGCAAAGUUGACCCUUCAUGGGCUUGUGCAGCACUACAUCAAAUUGAGUGAGCUGGAGAAAAACCGCAAAUUGAACGACCUCCUCGACGCAUUGGACUUCAAUCAAGUUGUUAUCUUUGUCAAAAGUGUGAACAGAGCAGCUGAGCUGAACAAACUACUUGUCGAGUGUAAUUUUCCAUCUAUCUGCAUCCACUCUGGCAUGUCCCAGGAAGAAAGGUUGACACGCUACAAGGGUUUCAAGGAAGGUCAUAAGAGGAUACUUGUUGCAACAGAUUUGGUUGGCAGGGGAAUUGACAUUGAACGCGUCAACAUUGUCAUCAACUAUGACAUGCCAGAUUCCGCAGAUACUUACUUGCACAGGGUGGGUAGAGCUGGUAGGUUCGGCACCAAAGGACUUGCAAUCACAUUUGUAUCUUCUGCCUCUGACUCUGAUGUUCUUAAUCAGGUUCAGGAGAGGUUUGAGGUGGAUAUAAAGGAGCUCCCUGAGCAGAUUGAUACCUCUACAUAUAUGCCAUCAUAGUGAAGGUCAGUGACACAAGCAUCAAUGCAUGACUUUGUGAAGCAGGACCAGCAGCCAUGAAAUUUUUUGUUGGUCGCUCUAGUGCUGAAUCGUUGAAGGGAGAGAUUACUUUAUGCUUUACACUGUUUUUUAUUACUGUACUUUUAAUCUUCACUUUUUUUUUUUUGCUAUCCGUUUUUCCUUUUUUUUAUUUUUUUUAUUUUGGGGGCGGUGGGUUGGUGCAGCCCGAGUAGAGAUGGACAACAUUCUGAAAAAAAAUCAUAACUUUGGAAACUAUUUGCAGUAUAUUUUGUUUGGGUAGUUAAUGCACCUAUGAAUGCUAGAUCAUGGAGUAUUAACUGUGCUCAGUUAAUAUUUAUGUUUGCUAGUAAUCAUAUGACAUUGGUUAUAAGCAAUGUUCUUAUUUCUUGGCAUCGUCUGCCUCCAUUGUAGUUACUUUUUUGUUUAUAUGUUUGAUUCAGCUUGUUGAAGAUCUGUAA